AUGGCCGCUCCACCACAACACACCAGCGACUUUGAAGAACACGAAGUCAUCCCCGGCACGCGCCGCCUCUACGACGAGAAUGGCAGCACCUUCUCCAGCGAUGCGUCGCUCCUGAAGCACGGCGACAUCGUCCUCGUCCCGCAGCCGACGGACUCCCCCAAUGACCCCCUGCGAUGGUCGCUUGCGCGCAAAAUCUGGCACUCCUGUCUGGUGUUGUACAUUGUGGGCCUGACGGCUGCCACUUCGAAUAACGCCGGCUCGGGCGCGGACGGCGUCAAUGAGGAGUACGGCAUCAGCUACGACGUGUUCAACACCGGCGCGGGUGUUUUGUUCGUUGCGAUCGGGUACUGGACGUUGCUGAGCUCGCCGCUCGUUCACUUGUACGGCCGGCGCCUUGGGUAUCUUAUCUCGAUGCUGCUCAACAUUGGCGGUCUUAUCUGGUACGCGCGCAUCACCGACGUCAAUGGCGUUGUGUGGUCGCAGUUAUUCGUCGGCGCUGCGGAGUCAGUCGGAGAGGCGACGGUCCAACUUUCUCUUCUCGACAUCUGGUUUGAGCACCAGACCGGUAGUGUGCUCGGUAUUUACACCUUUGCAACGGCCAUUGGAACCUACUUGGGACCUCUGAUUGGUGCCAACGUGUCUAGCCAUCUCGGCUGGCGUUGGAUCGGUUGGUUGGGCACCAUCAUCUGCGGCGUCAGUCUGAUCGUGCUCUUCUUCGGGCUUGAGGAAACGGAGUUCAACCGCGACAGCUACUUGACUAGUGACAUUGAUCACGCACCACACAGCGCCCCGAUCGCAGAGAAAACUUCAGAGAAUGGCUCUCAUGGAAAGGAUACAAGCGCAAAUGAUGCGACUCAGAAGCGCAGCCAGCUUGUGGAGGAACACACUAGUCACGAUGUUGAUCUCGGGCGGACUGAGACCGCCCGGCACCGUGCCUCUGUUUCCUAUGCCCGGCCCAAGACCUACUGGGAUAGGAUUCGCAUCAUCACUCCUGCACCCAAUCUCCAGGGUACCGGCGCGAAACAGUACUUCCACCGCCUCUGGCACACCCUCCGCGUCUUCACCUUCCCCGCCGUUUGGUACGCCGGCUGGCAGUGGGGUCUCCAGAAUAUCUGUCUGACGUUCUAUCUCACCGUACAGGAGGACUGGUGGUACGGAGAGCCUUGGAACUACACGCCUGCGCAAGUUGGGAACAUGAACCUACCGACCCUCAUUGGCAGUCUGAUUGGUUGCGCGUACGGUGGCUACGGCAGUGACAAGUUCAUGCAGUGGAUGAUCAAGCGAAACAAGGGCGUCAUGGAGGCUGAGUUCCGUCUCUAUCUCAUGGCGCUAUGCACCAUUAUCUUCCCAACAGGCAUGUGGCUCUUUGGAAUUGGAUCAGCACGUGGAUGGGACUGGCCCGUUCCGUAUGUUGGACUCGGCUUCAUUGGCUUUGGCUAUGGAUGUGCCGGAGACUUGAGCUUGGCAUACCUUGCCGAUGCUUUCCCGGAAAUGGUUCUCGAGGGCAUGGUGGGCGUUGCAGUGAUCAACAACACGAUCGCCAUGGUCUUCACUUUCGUCGCUAGCUACUGGCUCGAUACCGGCAUGGAGAACUGCUUCAUCGUUCUUGGCGUCCUGAGUUUUGUUAUCAUGGGUACCAGCUUGCCCAUGAUCAUCUAUGGCAAGAGGUGCAGACGCUGGGCUAAGGACAGGUACUUGAGGUUCAUUGAAAUCCGUGAUGGAUUUUCCAAGUGA